AGACUUGAGUUUGUGUCUUAUUUUUUAACCGGAUGUGGGUGUGUUUGAUUCCGUAACUCUUGACACCGGUCCGGGCAGCAGGCUGUCAGUCGCAGUUUCCCUACUUUGCUCGCACCAUCCAGGCGGUUAGCUAUGUGACAGAGUGGCCGCUGUUUGAUCCCGGACUCCCCGCAUCUUCACCGUCCGCUCAGGAUGGACCAGAGGAGGGUUGAACACGGCCGGAACACCGGUCCGUUGUCGCUGUACGGGGAAUUCACGUUGACCGCUAACCGAAAAGUCAGGUGUGCGGUGAGCCUGACCGAGAAGGACCUCAUCGUCCAGAGGCACAGCUCGGCUCCUGUCGGGAGGAACAAGGUGGUGCUCAGCCUGAAGGACUGCAUCGGUUGCCGGGCGUACCUGGGGGAUGACACCGCAGACCCGGCAGCUUACCUGACGAUAUUCUUCUACCCGCUCAAACGGCGCUGGAUGAGUUCCGGUGUGUCGAGGCAGAGAGCGGAGCAGUGUUUUCGUCUCACGGGUCUCCAGGACCCUCGCGCUAACCUGGAGGAGGCGGAGAAGUGGGCUCGCGCUGUCCGAGAACGCUCUGCACGGCAACAGUAUCUAAGAGACGGGGUGAUGAUGAGCGCGCUGUCCCGUCCCAGCCGGAUGAUGCUGCUGGUGAACCCACAGAGCGGGAAGGGCCAGGCGCUCACGCUCUACAACAACCACAUCCAGCGCAUGCUCAACGAGGCGGGGGUCACACACACUCUGGUCAUCACCGCAGCUGCGGGCGCUGCCAGCGGUGGAGGACAGAUGAAGGAUGACUGCACUGCUGUGGGGGACCUGUUCUCGGCUCUGAUCAAAGGUCCGACUCGGACGCCCUACGAGGACGGUCUGUUCGUGUUUGACAUCCAGCUGCCCAACAUCUACCCCUCGGUGCCGCCUCUGUUCCGCUACCUGUCGCAGUGCAGCGGCCGCCUCAACCCCAACCUCUACGACAACGGCAAGGUGUGCGUUAGCCUGCUGGGAACCUGGAUCGGAAAGGGCACUGAGAGAUGGACCAGCAAGUCCAGUCUGCUGCAAGUCCUCAUCUCUAUACAAGGCCUUAUCCUGGUCAACGAGCCGUACUAUAACGAGGCAGGCUUCGACAGCGACCGAGGCCUUCAGGAAGGAUACGAGAACAGCCGCUGCUACAACGAGAUGGCCCUGAUCAAGAUGGUGCAGACGAUGACACAGCUGCUGCAGCACCCGGUGGAGGUCUUCAAGCAGGAGAUCCAGGAGCACUUCGCCUCCAACGGCUGGCGGCUCGUCUACCGGCUGGAGGCGUGGCUGGAGCUGCACGAAGGCGCCGAGCGGGGGCAGGCAGCGCACAUGGCCUCCAGAGCCCACCGACCCUCAUCAGUGGAGCCUCUGGACGAGCAGGGGCCCGUAGCGGUGGCCCACAGCAGUCCCAGUAAGCCUGGGGAGGAGGGGGUCGCAGGAAAAGGAGUGACCAGUAUUAUAGAGGAGGAGCUGGAGGACUCAGGGCUGAGCCCCUCCACCGGAGCCGCCUCUCAGCAGGAGCUGAGCCAGAACUCAGACUGCGACAGCCAGCAGGGGGUCUCCUCUGCCGGCGUGGAGACCAGGACGGGCUCGGUGGUCCGCGGCCCGGCGUCAGAGCCCGCCCCGGCCGGCGCAGGAGGGACGGGCUCCGUGGGAAGCCAGCCGGUGGUGCGACCAAAGAAACGAAGAAAGAGCUACAGGAGUUUCCUCCCGGAGGGCGGCGGGUACCCGGACCUCGGCUUCCCGCUCUUCCCGCUCUCCAAGGGCUUUGUGAAGAGCGUGCGGGGGGUGCUGCUGCAGUACCGCGCCGCGCUGGUCGCCGCCGCCGUCCCCCAGCACACUGAGGACAAUGACUCUUCAGAUGAGUGUGAUGGAUAAAGAGCAGCGGGCCUCACCCAGUGGCACAAACCUGUUGGAGCUGCCCGUCACAGGAACCCUCAUCUGGACGCAGGUGAACUACAAGCUUCUCCCAGAGGUCAAAGUUUCUCUUUUGGCCUCAGCAGGACUUUAGUGGAGCUGAUUUGGACGCAUAAAGAACUGAGUGAGAUGGAGAAUCAGUGCCAUGGACUCUCUUCCACCCAGCCCCCAGCAGCAUCCGCCACAUGUGUGGGGAUUUGUUAACCACUCUCUAUCAGCCUGAAAAAUGUUAAGCAGACUUGUUAAGCUGCAUUUUGGACAAGAUCAAAGAUGGCUGAAAAACUGAAGACCCAGCGCCUCCUGGGCUCUUUCUGUAGCACUACUGAUGUCCUCUCUGCACCGUCCUGCACUACAACACCCAACGGACAGCCUGGUCUGGGAGAGGAGACGCCGUGUAAACACACAGGACUCUUUUUAAAUAGAAAUCACUGGUUGUACGCUUUCUGCCAAAUGCUCUCUGUCCAAAAACACACACACACACACACACACACACACACACACACACACACACACACACACACACACACACCAAGUAGAGCAUACUGAAUGUCAGUAAAACUGCCAACCACAACAGCUUCACCACUUCUUCCACUUUAGUGAACUCGCUGGUAUUUUCCUACGCCAAGCACCCGCACUAAACCACGCCACAAACACCGAGUGACAAAGUUUACAUACGGAUCACCUCCGGGGUCAGGCUGUGUGUGUGUGUGUGUGUAGAGGAGCCAGCCAGGCCCGGGACGACAGUCAGCUCUGCGUGGAGGUGUGUGUGUGCUCGAAGCUUAACACCGCAUUCAAAAGCUCCUUUCACUUUCCGUAGGAUUUAGCAAAACGUGUUCCCUCACCAAAACGCAACCUGUGCUUUUGACGCUUUUUAAUUCAUUUUACACACAGACGCUUUCAGUGUUACAGUUUCAGAGCCCAGCUUUACCCACAAUGCUCCACUAUUCUGUGAACCCACAUCACAUGCAAACGCCACCAUUUCAAGAUGAAAUAGAAGUCAAACAUACAGGAUCCAUUCCGUUCAUCUCAUUUCAACAUGUUGCCUUACUUGAAUUGUUGUUAAUAAUUUCAGAUCAUUGUACAGAGUCACGCUUUAAACAUUAACACACACACACACACACACACACACACUCCAACAACCACUCAGACCCCGCUCCAGUGUUUUCCUUCCUGAUAGUGCAGCUAGAGCACUGCGGUCAUAGCUGUAUCCUGAUUGUUCCUCUCCAAAUUGCACGUGCAGAGUUAAAUAACAUCAGAUUAUAAACUACAUUAAGUAUGAUGCUGAAGCUUUGAUUAUAUUAUCCUGUUUUGCUUUAUUUAUUUUUUCCCUAUCAUUCCGUGCUCACCCUGGCUUGAGCGUCUUAUCUCAUGAAGGUGAAUGGUGAGAGAAAAUGACACAAAUAACAGCACACAGACGAGAUCUUGUAUUUCUCUAUCUGUUCAUUGGAUAAACUAAAUCAUGGUUUUAUUGACCAAGUGGCAUGAAACUCUUGCUUUGACACCGAUUGCGCUGAAACUGUGAAAGAAAGUGAAACUCACAUUUGGGUCCGACCGUGCUUCCUGGGAAUGAUCAGAGCAGUCUUUGUUUACUUUUUUUUUUUUUUUAAAUAGCUGCAUCCCACCUCUAAUGUAAUGCUCUUUUUUUUUUCUGUCAAUAUAUUAUGAUGCUCAUUGAUAAACAUAUGCUAAUACAGCUCAGACAAACCCUGUGUGCUUGCUGUGAUCUGAGAGCGCUGGCUGUGUUUUACUUGAACUUGAAGAGUGUUUCUGAAUGAGAGCACGUUGUGAAGCUCUGAGUGAUGGGAGAGGAUUAAAACCAUGAGCCAAGUGAAAUAAAGGUCAUGAAUGAGCGCAGUUUGCUUUGACUUUGUUUGUGUAUACACCCUGACUCUUAAAACUGGCAUUCCUCUAUCUGAUGUGGCGACCAGGCCUCUGACAUUAAUCCUCUUCCUUGGAAUUGAAUACAUUAUUUUAUUAUUAUUUGUAUUAUGUUGCCUUUAAUGCUCCAGGAGGUGUUGCUACAAGCUGUGGCAUGUAGCCUUGUUUGCUUACUUGCCAUCCUGCCCCCCCUCCCCAUUUGCUGCUGUUUGUAAAAUGCCCCCUUGUGUUUUCAGAAAGAGUUUGGAGCACGGCUGACAUUACUCCUUCAUGUGUCAUAAGUUGCAGAAAAUGUGAAGCUAUCUCGCUAGACCUCUAAGCAACACACAUCUGGCAGGAUAUCAAGCACAUGAUGUACAAUUUUCUGUGUAUGUGUAUAUUAUUCAAAUUGAAACCAUUGUUAUUAUUAUUAAUGCGAGGAGUUUGUUUUACAGCCAAAGCAUGUAACAUGUUGCUUUAAGCCUUCUGAACGGACUACACAAGACUUGACUGUACGAUGUCUACAUUUCCACAGUGGCCUGUUAUUGAAAUAUUAAAAAAAGAACAGAACAAUAAAGUUAUUAUUUGUAGCCUGA